AUGGAUAUGGUUUAUAAUUUUAUUCAAGAUUAUCUUUAUCAAAAUUACACAAAUUUAUUAGAACAGAGUAAAUCAUUAAAAAACAGGAUUCGUCAAGCAGAACCAGUUCUUCAACUUGGUGAACUUGAACAUGUCAGGGAACAAGAGUUGUUAAAUGGUGUUUUCAAUGAUUUGUCAGCUGAACCAAUAGCUGCACCACUUUAUUGUUUUGUAAUUGAUGAGAAAGUGGAAGAAAUGGAUAUUAAACUUCAAGAAGUACUCAACACACCAUAUAGUCGAGCUUUAGAAGCAACUAGAAUUACUGAGUGUAGUAUUUCUAAGAAUAUUUUAAAUUUGCUUAGUGCAGAACAAUAUUAG